AUGGAAGAAAAGGACACAGUUUCUUGGAAUAUCAUCUUUGCUUCCUUCUCAAGGAACGGUAAAAUCGAGCUGGAACUUUGGUUUUUCCAUAAGAUGCCAAAUCCAGACAUUGUCACAUACAACGAGCUCAUCGAUACUUUCGUCAAGUCCGGGGAUUUCAACAAUGCCUUUCAGAUUCUAUCAAGUAUGAUGCCAUACCCUAAUUCAGCUUCAUGGAACACAAUAUUGACAGGCUAUGUCAACAGUGAGAAAUCAAGAGAACUAGACGGACCCAUACUUACCCAAACAUGCAAUAAUAUGUUCUCCACAUGA